AUGAAUGGAACGAAAUUCAUAACCUGUCCGGCAAGCCACCAUCGGAUUGAGAACAUUCACAAUGGGAAAGUGGCGAGCGGGACUGUAAAGGCUGGAGGCCAGGACAAACCUGCGCCGGGGAGAUACAUCCGCUGGGAUGCGGAGGGCGUGGAGAAGAUACAGCCAGGGGAACAGGAGAAGAUCCAAGCCGUUUCAGAUCAAUUCAAUCGCUUCCAGAUGAUGAACUUCAAUGAGCAUAUGCACUGCUUAAGAGGAACACAUUUGAAGACCCAAGGCAUCGUGCACGACAACUUGCCUCCUCACCUUGCCCAGGGUAUGUUCAGUAAGCCUGGAGCAUACGACGUGAUCAUGCGAUAUUCCUCCCUUACGCCCAAGCUCGUACCCGACAGUAUCCCCGCUCCGAGAGGCAUUGGGAUGAAAAUCUUCGGCGUGGAGGGUGAAAAGCUAUGGGGAGAAGAUAAGAGGACGCAGGACUGGACAUUCAACAACUAUCCAGUCCUGGAACUCCGGGAUCCAGAAACCACGCACGAUAUCGCCGAUUCGCUGGAGCGGAACUGGAACGACCUGGGUACUUUUGCAGACGAGCAGUCGAAACGUGUGGACGCCGAUGUAGCGACGCUCGGAAGUCAGCUGCCAAAACAACACAUGGUUGCAAUGCCAGAGUAUUCUCAAUCCGCAUAUCGCUUUGGAGAUUACGUAGCUAAGUUUGGUGUUUUUCCCCUCGGCGAGGAGCAGAAGAAGCUCGAAGACACUGAGAUCAAAGAGUCCGAUCCCAUCAACAUCAUUUCGCAAGAGCUACGAAGCUUCCACAUGAAGAAUAAGGUGACCUACUCGUUCUGCGCCCAGCUCCUCCAAGAUUUACGUGAGCACCCGGUCGACGACAUCGGCAUCGAAUGGGACGCGAAAAAGUACCCUUUCGAGCAAAUUGCAACGUUGGAGUUCCCGCCGCAGGACAGCUGGCUACCCGAGCUCCGAGUGUGGUGGGAUGACCGGAUUACGGUGAACAGCUGGCACGGGCUCAAGGUACAUCAGCCGCUGGGCAGUACCAAUCGCAUGAGGAGGGUCGUGUAUGCCGAGAGCAGGAAGCUAAGGCUGAGGGUCAACGGCCAUGAAGACUAUGUUGAGCCUAUGGGUCUGAAUGAGGUUCCUGUCCCUGUUCCGACGCCGCAGUUACCGUUGCGACACCAGCAUGCAUUGCAAACUACCGAGGUUGCUUGAUGCGAUUUUUCUUCCUCUUCCCGUCCUCUCUUCUUUGAGUCCGUAUCAAGGUUAGUUGAUAAUCCUCUUUAGCGGGCUUGAGCACUUGCCGCAGGGCGGUU